AUGUUUCAAAAGGAAUAUGAUAUUGCAAUACCAUCAUCAAAUAAUCCAUAUGUGAGCACAUAUAGUUGGAAAGUUCCUAAUUUUCAGAAAGCGAUAAAAGAAUAUCCACAUAAUAAAUACUUUUAUAGUAAAAAAUUUUGGGUACCUUAUACUAGUUUAUGGAGAUUAAAAGUUUAUCCUAACGGUAAUCAACAAAUAAAUUUUGUUGACAUAUUUCUUGAAGCAGUACAAACACCUUAUGAAUAUUAUAAUCAUAUAUUAACAAGAGGAAGAAAUUUUAGAUUACAAGUAGAAAUAAUUUAUCAUGUUUCUCAAAAUACCAAUGACUUUGAUGAUGAUAAAGAAACUAUUGAAGAAGAUGGUAGUAUAAGUCAUUUGGUUGAUUUACCUUCAAAUUCUAGGUAUAUGGGUUAUCAAUUUGGAUUCGAUAAUUUUAAAGAUUAUGGAUAUAAUCGAUUUUUAUCAUUUUCUAAAAUAUUUCCUGAUGAUAAUAAAUCAAAAGAAUUUGAUUUAGUUUUUCAUUUAUUAUUAUUUAACGAUUAUAAAUAUAUGGACACUGAUAGAGGAUAUGGAUGUAAAAUGGAUAAAUUUUUUGAAAAUGAGACUUUAGCUGAUAUGGAAAUUCUUUUAGAUUGUGGUACUAGAAUUAAAGUUCAUAAAAUUAUUUUAAUUGCUGGUUCUACUUAUUUCGAAAAAAUGUUACAAGGUGGAUGGAGUGAAUCUACAUCUGAUUGUAUUAAAUUACAUAAUGUAGGAUAUAAAACUUUUAGAGUUAUCUUAUUUUAUCUUUAUGGAAAUAAAUUGAUGGAUGUAGACGAUGAUCUUGAAUUAUUAAUAGAUGUUUAUACACAAGCAGAUAUGAUGGGAUUGACUGAAUUAUUGAAGUUGGUGGUUAGUCGUAUGUGUGGAAUGGUGAACGAAUUUAAUUUUGAUGAUAUAUUAGUAUUUUGUUGGGGUAAAGAGCAUUGUAUACCGCUAAAAGAAUCAGCUUUAAAUUUUUAA